GACAGACUCACGUACCCAAGGAAAACGUGUUAUAUUACCUUCUUCAUUUACUGGUGGACCUCGGUAUAUGAUCCAGAAUUACCAAGAUGCCAUGGCGAUAUGUCGUUGGGCUGGAUAUCCUGACUUAUUUAUAACGUUUACGUGCAACCCCAAAUGGUCAGAGGUCACUCGCUUUCUUGAGAAACGGAAUCUAAAUCCAGAAGAUCGCGCCGAUAUUAUUUGUCGAGUUUUCAAAGUCAAGUUGGAUGGAUUAAUCAAAGACCUCCGAGAGAAUAAAAUUUUUGGGCGUGCUAAAGCAGUUAUAUACACCAUAGAGUUUCAAAAGAGAGGACUUCCACAUGCUCACAUAUUACUCUUCUUAGCCAAAGACCGUCAAUUUCCAAUUGCAAAUGAUAUUGAUCGUAUCAUUUCAGCUGAAAUUCCUGACAAAAACGAGGACCCUGUUUAUUA